GGGGAUCCAGCGACCGGACGCAGGGGAGCACGGGCUCCUUGAGGGAAAAUGAGACUUUGUUGUGGAUAAAUGGCGAAGUUCAAGAUGAAACCCCGCCACCUUUGGCUGUUUAUUCUUUUGUUUCUACCUUUAUCUGGUGUUUUAUGUUUCAGCGAGUUGUCCUUCAUCACAGAACCAAGUGAUGUGACUCUUCUACCAAAGCAACCGGCUGUCUUGGACUGUAUUGCUCAUGGGCAGCCCCCAGUCAUUAUCAAGUGGCUAAAAAAUGGACUGCGCUUGACAGAAAGCGAGCACAUCCAGUUCUUGUCCAAUGGCUCCUUGUACAUACCAAAGAUUCAACACACCAAGGAGGAUUCGGAUGAAGGCUUCUACCAGUGCCUGUCUCAGAACAAAUAUGGAGCUAUCCUAAGCCAAAGAUCACGUCUGACUAUCGCAAGUAUCUCCGAGUUUGUGGAACACCCUGUGCCUGUGGAGGUGACUGAAGGUUCAGUGGCACGUUUCUCCUGUGCAGUCACCUCCAGUCCUCCUGCCACUAUCACUUGGGAAUUGAACCAAAGUACCUUACCAAUGCAGACAGAAAGAGCUACAGUUUUACCAAAUGGAGUGCUUCAGAUUUACAACGUGCAAAAAGAAGAUGCUGGACAGUACAGAUGUGUAGCUACAAACAUGGGCAGCAGUCUGAGGAGCAAAGAAGCGACACUCACUGUGGAGGAAGAUGCAAGACCAAAGCCACGUCAGAGGCCCAGAAUCAUUGCCGGACCGCGGAACGUCACAGUUUCUCUCCACCAAACUGUGGUCUUGGAGUGUGUGGCCACUGGAAAUCCUUCACCCAUCAUCUCCUGGAGCCGUGCCGACAGCAAACCCAUUGAUGUUUACAAUGCCAAAGUUUUGGGCAACGGGAAUCUGGUGAUUACUGACGUCAACCCCAAACACAGUGGAGUCUACCUGUGCAGGGCCACCACACCAAGGACCCGCAACUACACCAUCGCUGCUGCCAACCUGACUGUUCUUGUGCCGCCAUCUUUGGUUGAAAGACCAGAGAGCCAAACUCGCCCAAGAGCAGGAACUGCUCGAUUCAUGUGCCAGGCUGAUGGAGUGCCAACACCCCAUAUCACCUGGCUGAAAAAUGGAGAGCAGGUUCACUUAAAUGGGCGUAUAAAGAUGUACAACAGCAAACUGGUGAUCACUCAGAUCAUUCCUGAGGAUGAUGCCAUCUACCAGUGUGUCGCAGAGAGUCCUGAAGGCUCGGUUCUGUCCUUGGCUCGCCUGAUUGUUGUCAUGUCCGAGGACCGUCCCAGUGCACCCAGAAACAUCCACGCUGAGACCAUCUCCAGCUCAGCCAUCCUGCUGGCUUGGGAGAGGCCGCUGUACAACGCUGACAAAGUCAUCGCCUACUCUGUCCACUACAUGAAAGCUGAAGGUCUGAACAAUGAGGAAUAUCAAGUGGUAAUCGGCAACGACACGACUAGCUACAUCAUCGACGACCUGGAACCCGCACGGAACUACAGCUUCUACAUUGUGGCAUACAUGCCAAUGGGAGCCAGUCGGAUGUCUGAUCAAGUCAGUCAGCAAACUCUGGAGGAUGUACCUUUGCGAACACCUGAGUUAAGUCUCACCAGUUCCAGCUCGACAGAUAUCCAGGCGACUUGGCAACCAUUGUCCACCAAGUUAAGCCGUGGCCGUGUGUCGGCGUACAGACUCUCCUAUCGGACUGCCGCGGACAGCACGGUCCACUCGAUUGAGCUUCCUCAGAAUACAACCGAGUAUCACCUGGAGGAUUUGCAGCCUGACACCAUCUACCUGCUGCGUAUGGCUGCAGCCACCCGCGUGGGCUGGUGCGAGCCCUCGGCCUGGACGUCCCACCGUACCCCAAAGAUCUCAGGCAGCAAAGUCCCUUCAGCUCCUCUCCUUCAUCUGGAGCCCCUCAACUGCACCUCCAUUGUGGCCCGCUGGCAGAUCCCCUCAGAUUCCGUGGCCGUGCAGGGCUUCCAGCUGUGUUACCACGAGGAGAACCAACCAGAGCAGCCCGCCAUUCAGCUGCAGGCUCAGACAUUCACUCACACCAUCAGUGGCCUCGAUCCAAGGAGAAAAUAUCACGUGAAGAUUCUGGCUGUGGGUCAAGCUGGUGACGGCUAUCAGACGGACCAGACAAUAAGUACGCCUGGAUGUGUUUCUCCUAGAGACCAAGUAGCGGCAGCCCCACCUGCUCCAGAUCAUGUCGCUGUUUUGGCAAGCAAUGCAACUCAAGUGUCCUUACGCUGGAGUCGUCCUGCCUUCACCUCUGGGAAGGUGGUCAGUUACACUGUCCGCUGCACACCCAUGGGGACGCACAACGCUUCAGCCAUUCGCUACCUGCAGACAGUCAAACAGAGUGUGAUAUUUCUUAAUCUGAAUCCAAACACUCGCUAUGAGUUUGUUGUGCGUCUGCACAUGGAUCAGAUGUCCAGUCCAUGGAGCUCUGUUGUCUACCACCAGACAUCACCAGCAGCUCCAAGGCAGCCACCUACAGGCGUGAGGGUGACUCUGAUCGAGGAUGAUACUGCUCUGGUGUCCUGGAAGGAGCCCAAUGAAGCUAAUGUAGUGGUCACCCAUUACACCAUUAUGUUUGCUUCCCAAAGCUCCUGGACCUCUGGACAAUGGCAGAUCAUACAGAGGGAGGGAAGCCACACAAUGGCCUUACUGGAGAAACUGGAGCCUGGAAAUGUCUAUCUGGUGAAGAUUUCAGCAUCCAACCAGGUUGGAGACGGACCGUUCUCUGAAGUCGUGGAGCUGGCUCUGAGGCGUGGAAAUAACUAUCGCAGCAAGAAUCCCCGUCAUUCUGAUCACUUUCAGGAGACAACGGUCUUCUCUGAUGGUCUGUACCAUAUAGACCAGAAAUCCAUGACUGGGAUCAUCGUCGGUGUCAGCAUCGCCCUGUCCUGCAUCAUCAUGUGUGCCUUGAUCAUCAUUAGCAAAGGCAGGCCGAGAAAAUGUCCAAGUCACAAAGUCAUCGCUGGAUCGACUGCCGAGGGUCCUGUCGCUGGUUUGUCGCUGACCAAUGAGCGGAAUAUGGAGAAUGUUGAGGCUUUAAUACCAAUGAUAUCCGACCACUUUAUUGAUGCCAAGGGUGGCACUAAAUUCCUCAUAAACAGCGCUGGACCCGUCAGCACAAGGAAUCAGAACAAGGGGUGGCUGCUAUUGCAGAGAGAACUGAGGAGUCAGAUGGAAACUGACGCGGAAAGCAGAGCGAGCUUAUAUGAGGCUGGAAAAGUGGUCCUGAGGUAUGAGGAACGUUUAGGUUCGCCGCUGCCCCCUUCAUCCCGGGAGAUCAUCUAUGGACCGUCCCACUCUGAGAGUUCCCACUCCAGCGAGGGCAGCCAAGAGACCGCAGACUCUGGUCACUACUCCAAUGAAGAAAGCAAUGAAGAGGUCAGCGACUCGUCGACCUGCAACUUUUCUCCAACGGCGAGCUGCGCAGCAGCCACCAGCGGUGCCGAACUGAAGCAGUCUUACGAGCUGGAGAAUGAGAAGAGCGUCCGUGUUCAUCUCACUGAUCCCGCGCAACUGUUCUGCCACUCAGACAGCAGAUAGCAGUCAGCUCCUUCCAUCCACUGCCUUGAACCUGCUUUUCAGCAGUUGAAGAUUCACCACUUCCACCUGGUUUCCUUCCUGACUGGUGCCUUUUAGUUAUUUUAAGGGGAACAAUUCUGGGAUCAGGAAUCCAGCUGCUGCGGUGGAGGGGGACACGUCUUCAGAUCUACCUCAGGAUUACGUAUGAAUGCUGGUUAUAACAUUUUUUUGAAACCUUCUACCUGUUUGUGUUUGGCAUCGUCUGUCCUAAACCAAAGCUCACCUAAAAUGAAUGUUGAAAAGAAUGUCCAUUUAUUUAAUUUGGGGAGCAGGUGCGUGUGCUCCAGCCGUCUACCUCAGUUCAGGUUUCGACCUCGCUACCUCCUUGCUGGCGUGCAGUAUUACCUCAGGCUCAGGGGACACCUCACGCCAAGUCUUCGCCAUGCUUUCUUUUUUUCACCUCAUGUCUUUUUUUUUCCAAGCGUUUUCCAAAACUUUGAUUGAUUUUCUUUGCUUUUGGGAUGUUGCGAAAAAUCAAGUGCAUUAGACAUUGUCAAACUGUUGGGGUUCUUUCAGACUGUGUGUUUGGCGUUUCAGUGCACUGAACUCAAAGCUUUAACUUGGCCUUAAUAUUGGAAGGGCUUUGCUCACAUUGAAGAUGAGAUCCAAAGACAGGUUUGUACCCAAAGACUUUUUGAUAAUACAAUAGAUAGUAUGAGGCAACCAAAAAGGAAAAUGAGGGUGUGUUUGCCAAAAAUUAUGUUCAAUGCCAUUUAUUGUACAUUUUGCUUAGGUGGUUUGAAUGAUUUUUAUCUGUGCUGUUUUUUUUCAUCUUUUACUCUUGUGAAAGCUUUAGCUUGAGUCUGAACGGCUCAGUUUGCCUUCUAUACCAUUGCUAAAUGCAGCGGUGACGCCGAUGCUAUUAUCCAAAGAGUUGUCUCUUUCCUCAGAUGUGGGUACGGCUUUACAUUUGUUGAUCCUCAGUCCAGCAGAGAUCUAGAUCUGAUCAUAGGAGAUGAUCACGUGUGAAGAGAAUCAUCUGUCACUGUGAGGCAGGAUGUCUAUGAAUGGAGAAGUUGCUCCUCUACACGGCCUGCCCUGGUGUGACAAUGGAGGAUUCAGACUAUCAAAAAUGGAAACCCGUGUGUGUGAAGAGCAACAUAAUCAACUUUUAUAUCUUUGUAAUACAAAUUAUCUGAACCAAAGAAACAGAAAAAAUGAUAUUUAGAGAUUUUCUUUGGCUUCAUUUACACGAUUACAUUAUAAUGUGAUAUGAUUUCUGGUGGUUGAUUAAUAGAAAGGCAUUUCUAAUGUAGUUCUUUAUUUUUCAGAUUGAGAUUUGAAAAACUGUUCUGGCUUUUUAUCACAAAAUCCACCUCACGUUUAGUGAGGAUUCUUGGUUUUGUUGAAGAUGGUCUCAGAAAGCAUGUGGUGAACAGAAACAUGUUUUAGCUUUAUUGUGCUCAAAAUUGAUCUGUCUGAUUUCAAGUUGCAAUAUCCUCUGUAACGCAUCGAGGAACGUGGUGAAUGUGGAUGCUUCAGGUUUUAUUGCUGACUUGACUCGGGUGCCAAAUGUAGAUUUAGGGUGUAGAUAUUUCUUGUUAUUAUUUAAGUUAUGGUUUUUCGAUAUGUCUACCAAAGUACAUGUUUUUAAACCAAAGCGAGCAACAAAGUGUGUUGUCAACAAAGACUGUUUUGAUAUUCUCAAGAUGAUCACAAA